AAUAACUCUUUUCGAAUCGAGGUUUACUUAACCGUGGACCCUUUUUCUCUUAGGAGUAUUGUCACACAGACAAAAAUACAAACACCUUCCCGGCAUCAACAAAACGAGCGAUGUUGAAGGCAAAAUGCCUGAAGAAAGCAGUGAUUCCUUCCACUCUGAUUAACCAUCCAUCUCCCGGAACCAUUCAACCCACUCGCUUAGCUCUCCAUGUUACCUGCAAUAGACAUUCUUGUUUUCUCUACGUUGCUUCUGGUCCUCACAUUUAUAAACUCCAGAUCGUUCUGGGACAAACCUCAGUUACCAAAGGAAAAGAAAGCCUCUUAAUACCUGUGCACACUAAGAUUAUUAACCCUUCGCUAGUCAAUCGCUGUCCUCACCGUUCCGAAAUUCAGAGUAUUGUUCUCGCUGAUGCAGAGAGCCUUGGCUACUUACUGUUGGGAAGUGUUGAUUCAUACGGUCAUCUAAUUGUAUCGAAACUUGGUGCGUCUGGUAAAGAUAUUGACAGACUUACCUAUUCAGCAUUGCCGUCUGAUAAUGGUGUUGGGGAAGGAAGUUGGGCAGGACUCUGCUUUAGCCCAAAUCAAAUGUCUAUGGCAGCUGUUGCUCGUAGCUUUUGCAAAACUGUUGAUAUUUUUGACCAGGACAUGCACGUUCGCACAUUACGACCACUCUGGAACCCUACUUCAAUAAACUUCAUGCAAAAUGUUGUUAAUGGAGAUCAAAGUUCUCUGUUAGCUAUUACUGAAGGAAGCCAGCUGACUAUAUGGGACUUGAGAAUGAAAGAAAAUGGUGGUUGUGUACAUCGGAUUAAUGGUACCCCAGGCGAUACAUUAUAUUCUGUCUGCAGUUCUUCCACCGGUAAUAUUGCCGUUGGUGGGGUUGAUCGUACUGUGACUAUUUAUGAUCCCCGCAGAUGGUCAUCAUUGUCUAGAUGGGUGCAUUGUUCAAAAUUUGAGAUAACAGGGCUAGCUUUCUCAUCAGUUGAUCCUGACUAUAUGUAUAUUCAAGGAGUGGAUUAUGAGGUAUUUUGCGGCCAAUGGAAAGAACACAACAAAUUAUUUACGUUUAGAGGAGACUCGAACUGGCUUGGCUUUAGCAAGUGCUCCAACAAAGAUGUUUUGGGUGGAUGGUGUGAUUCGGGUAGCAUAUUUGUAGCUGAUGUUGCUUAAGUGAUAUUGAUAAUUUGAUCUCUCAAGUAAUCUAUUAGACCUUUUAUUUGUAAAAAGUGAGAAGCAGCUGAGAGGUUCAAAAGUGAAUGGUCUGAAUCAAUUGAAUCAAUUAGGCAGCAGUUAUUAUUAUUAUUAGGAAACAGUUUUUGAUUAGGUAGUAGUUAUGUUUAUUAGAUAAUUAUUGAACAAAAUAGGCAUUAGUUUUUCUCUGUCCUUUCCUUUCGCUCAAAAUUCUCUAUUAUUGCCUAUUGCUAUAAAAUCAUGAAAGAAGGAAUUAGUUUUUUCCCCUCUUUCCUUAGCUCUAAA